AUGUCCUCCUUCUCCAGAGUAGCCCAACGAUCCUGCGCAGCCAUGUGCCGACGGCUGGCUGUCAAGCCUUCGUCUCUCCGAACCUCCUUCAACGACCGGUUUGCGUCUACCAUCAGUGCUGGAAGUGGCAAGAUUCAUCAGGUCAUUGGUGCUGUCGUAGACGGUUAG